AUGCAUGAUUUCAGCAUAUAUGGAUGCGACAGAUCGGCUGCUACAAGCUCCAAACUUAGCGGCGGUGGUGUCAUCUUGGCAGUCCGCAAUACUUUAUCUAGUCACAUGCUGACUGUUCCUAUUUGUGGUACUGAAUAUGUAUUUGCUGCUUGUGUAGCGGCUUCUCGCCGCAUAUUAAUUGGAUGCGCAUAUAUUCCUCCGAGCCAGCCGACAAAUGUUUACUCAAGUUUUUGUGAUGCUGUUGAUGAAGUUAUCGUGUCCUUUGGUUUCUAUGACAAUGUAAUCUUGCUUGGUGAUUUUAAUUUGCCAGAUGCAGACUGGAGCUCUCCGGAUGUUUUGUAUGCUGGUGAUGCGUCUAGCUACUUAAGGAAUUUAGCGGCUACUCACAAUCUUACCCAGAUCAACACAGUUCCCAACUAUCGAGGAGUCUUUCUGGACCUGUUCUUCUCUUCUGUACCUGUCUCUGAUGUUGCCUCUGCUGAAGAAACUCUCGUUCUUGAGGAUAGACAUCAUCCGUCACUAUCGUUUUCUAUUCUGGCUAAAAGGAGCGCUGACACUGCUGCAUCUGGAUAUGUUCUUGAUUUUAGAAGAUGCAACCUUGAUGCUAUAUAUCGUGCUACGCAAGGCCUCGACUUCCCGUUGCCGAACAGUUGUUCUAAUGCUGACGUUGACUUUGAUAAAUUCUGCAACCACUUGAAACUUGUGAGACAAAAUACCCCUUUAAAAAAAGUCUGCUCUAAUUCAUUUCCUAAGUGGUUUUCAAAGGGACUUGUACGUUUAACCAUCAUGAAAAAAAUUGCUCAUAUUAAGUUUAAGGCCAAUGGCAUUGUUUCCUAUUUGGAUGAGUUUCGGAAUCUAAGAGCCCAGUGCAAAUGCCUCGCCAAGGUCUGCCUUACCAAUUACUUGAAAAAGAUCGAAGACGAUAUACCGUCGAACAUCAAGUCCUUUUGGUCGCACGUAAACAGCCUAAAGAAAAACCCACCCAUUCCGUCUUGUUUGCACUUCGAUACGAGAGAGGCUGGUUCUGCUGCUGACAGAUGUAAUCUUUUCUCCGAUUACUUCUCCUCUGUUUUUAAUGAUGCAGCGAUUCACAUUCCUGACUUUGACUUUGGUUGGAAUACGUCCAUCUCUACUUGCUCCAUUCUCCCCACUGACGUUCAACGAAGACUUGAAUCGCUCGACCACAACAAGGGACCUGGACCGGAUGACAUUCCUCCAAUUGUGCUCAAGUACUGUGCAAAUACAUUGGCUCCUCAUUUUGCAAUUCUGUUUUCAACAUUGCUAGCCCAAGGUGUUUUUCCCUCUGCACUUAAGAGCGGAUUUGUAUUCCCAUUUUUAAAUCUGGUGAUCGUGGCAACGUGA